GCAGCAGCCCUCCCAAACCCCAUCUUGAACCCAGACAUCCGCUAUAACCAGCUGUUCAUCAACAAUGAGUGGCAAGAUGCGGUCAGCAAGAAGACCUUCCCCACAGUCAACCCCACCACAGGUGAGGUCAUCGGGCAUGUGGCUGAAGGGGACCAAGCUGAUGUGGACAGGGCUGUGAAAGCAACCCGUGAGGCCUUCCUCCUGGGGUCCCCAUGGCGCCAGAUGGAUGCUUCCGAGCGGGGCCGGUUGUUGAACCGCCUGGCUGACCUAGUGGAGCCGGAUUGAGUCUACUUGGCCUCACUGGAGACCUUAGACAAUAGAAAGCCUUUCCAGGAAUCUUAUGCCUUGGACCUGGAUGAGGUCAUCAAGGUAUACCGCUACUUUACUGGCUGGGCUGACAAGUGGCAUGGCAAAACCAUCCCCAUGGACGCUGAGCAUUUCUGCUUCACCAGGCAUGAGCUGGUAGGUGUCUGUGGUCAGAUAAUCCCAUGGAACUUCCCCCUGGUCAUGCAGGGCUGGAAGCUUGCCCCAGCGCUUGCCACAGGCGACAUUGUGGUUAUGAAAGUGGCGGAGCAGACCCCACUUUCUGCAAUGUAUGUGGCCUCCUCAUCAAGGAGGCGGGCUUUCCCCCCCGGGGUGGUGAACAUCAUCCGUUAUGGCCCCACAGCAGGAGCAGCCAUCACUCAGCACAUGGAUGUUGAUAAAGUUGCCUUCACAGGCUCCACCGAGGUGGGCCAUCUGAUCCAGAAGGCUGCUGGUGAUUCCAACCUCAAGAGAGUCACACUGGAGCUAGGGGGGAAGAGCCCCAGCAUUGUGCUGGCCGACGCUGACAUGGGUCAUGCCGUGGACCAGUGUCACGAAGCCCUCUUCUUCAACAUGGGCCAGUGCAGCUGUGCAGGGUGGACCUUAGUAGAAGAAUCCAUGUACAAUUAAUUUCUUGAGAGAACUGUGGAGAGAGCCAAACAAAGAAAAGUUGGGAACCCCUUUGAGCUGGCCACCCAACAGGGUCCCCAAGUAGACAAGGAGCAGUUUGAACGAAUCCUGGGCUACAUCCAGCUUGGCCAGAAGGAGGGGGCAAAACUUCUCUGCGGUGGGGAGCGCUUUGAGGAGCGUGGCUUCUUUAUCAAGCCAACAGUCUUUGGGGACAUGCAGGAUGACAUGAGAAUCGCCAAGGAGGAGAUCUUCGGGCCUGUGCCCCUGUUUAAGUUCAAGAAGAUUGAGGAGGUGAUAAGGAGGGCCAAUAACACCAGGUAUGGCCUGGCUGCUGCUGUGUUCACCCAGGACCUGGACAAGGCCGUAUAUUUUACCCAGGCACUCCAAGCUGGAACAGUGUGGGUAAACACCUACAAUACCAUCACCUGCCACACACCAUUUGGAAGUUUUAAGGGAUCUGGAAAUGGGAGAGAGCUGGGGGAGGAUGGGCUGAGAGCCUACACAGAGGUGAAGACAGUUACUGUCAAGGUUCCUCAGAAGAACUCGUGA